CCGUCAUCAACAUCCAAGUUCCUGUAGCCAUCAUACUCUUUGCUUGCAUAGUAAUUUAGGUACGGAGUAACGGAUAGCUUAUAGUCAUGGUUCUCGCAGCCGUGGGGCAACUAUGCUCGACUGCAAGUCUGGCGACAAACUUGGCGCAAUGCCAAACGCUGGUGCGCAAAGCAGCUGCAGCUGGUGCUAAGGCAUUGUUUCUUCCCGAGGCCUCGGACUAUAUCGCUUCUUCGCCUGCAGAGACAAUCUCACUCGCACGCUCUGUACAAGACAGCGAAUUUGUACUAGGCCUUCAGAAAGAAGCAAAACUGGCCAACUUGCAUAUCAAUGUAGGGAUUCAUGAGCCAUCGCCGGAUGGAAGAAUCAAGAAUACCCUUGUUUGGAUCGAUGACAAGGGUACUAUCACACAACGCUAUCAGAAAGUUCACCUGUUCGAUGUGGACAUCAAAGGCGGACCAGUGUUGAAGGAAAGCGCGAGCGUCGAGAAGGGAAUGGAAAUAUUACCCCCCUUUGAGACACCCGUCGGGCGUGUUGGUCUGGCUAUCUGCUUUGAUUUACGUUUUCCCGAGAUGAGUCUGGCGCUACGGCGACAGAACGCUCAGAUCAUUACCUAUCCCUCAGCCUUUACGGUCCCUACCGGAAAGGCACACUGGGAAACCCUGCUACGCGCUAGAGCUAUUGAGACGCAGUCCUAUGUGGUAGCCGCAGCACAGGCUGGACCUCACAACGAGAAGAGGAGAAGCUAUGGCCAUUCCAUGAUCGUCAAUCCCUGGGGAGAGGUUUUGGCACAGCUUGGAGAUGAAUACCAGGAGCCACAGGUCGCGAUUGCAGAUAUUGAUUUGGAUUUCCUUGCCAAGGUUAGGAAAGAGAUCCCCCUACUCAGAAGAACGGACAUAUAUCCGGAAGUAUAGUUGUUAGAUAUGACCUAGCCCAAUUGAAAUAGCGUUCCAUACAAA